UAUUAAUUAAAUGGCAUCAGCAUUCCCCAAAUUACCAGGCUUCGUGCCCACUUAAGAGAUCGAUGUAACACUCACUUCAUAAUAUUACUAGAAACCAAACUUUAGGAAGGUCUCAUCAACCAAACAGGAACAAAAUAGAGAAAUCAAUCAUCUAGCCAAUAAAGAGUAUCCUGUACCUCGUAAAUAACCAAUUCAAAUACCACCACAAUCAGGAAUGUUCAAUCCUGAUUAUAUGAGUACAACUCAUGCAAUGCAUCUUCCCAAAGUAAAAUAACAGUUACAUCAUAGAAUGCCAACAAUGAUUCAGAAGAAUUAUACUAACCAAGUUGGGUCAAAAUGGAUAGACAUGUCCUAAGAUUCAGUGGGUACUUCAAAGAAGCAGUCGUUGAAUCUGCACUUGAGAAUUAUCGCAUACGCAAAAUUACAAUCUUUUAUUAUCUUGAGGAUCAUUCACUUAGCAUAACUGAACCAAAACAAGAAAAUAGUGGAGUACCCCAAGGAGCAUUCCUUAAAAGAUAAAAAGUAUUCACUCCCCAUAUAAAUUAGGUAUUAAGAGCAGAUGAUUCCAAGACUUUCAUACUCCCUGAAGAUUUCAGAAUCAAUCGAGAUGUCAUCAUCUUUGGAAAAACCAUUCGUCUUUUUGAUUGUGAUCAAUACACUAGAGAAUUCUACGAAGUAAUUGACAACCUUAUCUCUAGUUAUAAGGAAUACCAUAAGAACCAUCCUUUGUUCCCCAAUCAGACUCAUUUGAAACCAAAACUAUGACUAAAUUCAUCCCUCAAAAAGAUACAGUCAUGAAAGAUUACUUAGAACAUAAAUUAGGAGGUGGCAAAGUUACUUCUUAGAAGUAAUUCUUAGAAAAUGACAGAAAGGUUAAAAUCUAAAAUAUCAUCAUUAGGUCCUUAAAUUCUAUGUGUUUUCAGACAUUGAAUACAUCCUUCACUAUUAUUUGGCUGAUGAUACUAUUGAAAUCAAAGAAAUCAAUUCAGCCAAUUCAGGCAGAGUCCCAUUCCCUAUGAUGUUGAGAAGGUAAAAACUACCCAGAAAAUUCUCACUCAAUCAACCUGGAUAAACUUAUGCAGAGGAUUUCAUUAGGCCACAAGAUAUUUAAUAUGGAUAACCUCUCAUUAUCUAUAAUCGCAAAUUCCUCAUCAAUGGAUGUGAUCAAUUCACUAGAUAAUAUUAUUUUGAAAAAUUCAACGUCGAUUUCCCCUUAGGAGGUCAAGAAGAAUAUGUUCAACAAGAAAGAUCGAGUAUCUACUAUUUAUCAUUUAGAUAUUAUCAUCCCUCCUCAUAAUGGAAUCGGAGAUGAACAAGAUUCUCUCGGAUAUAUUUACAGAUUAUAACCUAAACCUCCCAAAAAGGAUUUCUUCAAAUGGGUUGAUAAUUAAGUCAAUCUCAGAUUCCUGGCCAUGUUCAAUACUACCAAACCUGAAGAUAAAGACAGAGUCUUUGUAAUCACCUUCUUUUUAAAUGAUGACAGUCUUUUGGUGUAUGAACCCACUGUUAGAAAUUCAGGUAUCUUUCAAUUAAUAUAUAUUUUUUAAGGCAUUCCUGAUGGAAAAUUCUUGGAAAAAAGAAAGUAUAAGAAUGUGAAUAAUAAUAAUGAAUUCUUUACUCCAGGAGAUCUAAUUGUAGGUAAUGAAGUUUAAAUAAAUGGAUGGAGAUUUUAAUUGUUGGAUUGUGAUGAAUUCACUAAAAAAUGGUAUUCUGAGAACUUUAAAUGAACAUAUAAACACAUUCAUGC